AGAUAAUGAAAAAGUUAACACCAUUGGUCACUGGUUCAUUUUUGUGAAGUGAUUAAGGAGUUGGGAUUAUUAUCAACUUAUCCCAUAAUUGCAGAGGAUGGGAGGAGUAAAGGGAGUUGUGUUAGACGCCUCUAUACUGCUGGGUGUCCCCGUGGGCGGCGGCCACAGUGGAUCACCCACUUCUCUUCUUCCGGGAGCAGAAUAUCUGCUUCGUGGGUUGCGGCACUCCAAAGUUCCCGCUGGAAUAUCUUAUGAAGAAGGCCUUUCCACAGCUGAGGUGAACCUUCUUCAAGAUAAAGUGAAAUUAUAUUCCUUUGAUUCUUUCUUCUUGAGAUCCGGCAAAGCUGCUGACUUGGUGCAUGAGGUUUCUAUGGCAUGGGGUGACAAAGAAGGAAGUUUUAUGUACAUAGUUUCUGAUUAUAAAAAGGACCCCUUUCUAGGACUGGAUAGUACUAAAUGGAUAACGGUCAUUCUUCGACAUCCUGGCCAAGAAUCAAAAGAUGAUAUCAUAUUUGCUAGUACAAGCAAAAUUCCACGCACAAUUUUUAUUAACAAAGUUGAAGAGGUUCCCUUCAUCAUCUGCCUUUUCAACAAAAAGUCAAUGGGAAAGGAUGUUCUGAUAGUUGGUUAUUUGAUGAAGCCUUCACGUGGAGAAGAUUUUGCCAAGAGAGGUGCAUUCCCCUGGAAUCCUACACAGAACGGGUUGAUUUUCGUGCCCAUUACUUAUGAGCUACCCAUAUCAUCUCAAGUGGAAAACAUUGAUGGGCUUCUCCUUAAAGCAACUGAUGAGAUUGUAUCAGCAGAAAUGAACAGUUCUUCAGAAUUUACAAAUAGAAUAUUGUUCACAAAGGGCAUGCAAGAAUUGCUAAGGUGGACUGAACAAAUUAACUGCCCCGUGAUUGAUCCAUGUAGUAACAUAUACUCUAUAUUGGAUCGCCUGAAAAUCCAACAACUUCUUCUUGGUUUGGAAAACCUUAAUUCAGAAGGCCAAUCAAAAAUCAGGGGUCCCCAUUUUCUCAAGUUAAGUUGCUUUGGUGAGUCCCAGUUGGAAAAGAGAUUAGUAGAGGCUAAGUUGAGCCUUCCAACUAUUGUUAAACCUCAAGUUGCUUGUGGUGUGGCAGAUGCUCAUCAUAUGGCCAUUGUAUUUAAAGUAGAUGACUUCAAAGACCUCAAUAUUCCUCUUCCAGUUGUUGUGCAGGAAUAUGUGGAUCAUUCAUCUACUUUGUAUAAAUUCUAUGUUGUGGGGAAGAAGGUUUUUUAUGCAAUUAAGAAGUCUACACCUAAUGCAGACACCUUGAUGAAACUAUCUGAGGGAAAUGAGUUAAAGCCAUUGUUGUUUGACAGCUUACAAUCUCUGCCUAUGGAUAAAGAGAACACACAAUCUGGAGAUACCGAGUCUAAGAGUUGUGGUACUAAUAAAGUUAUCAAUCUUCAACUUGUGACUGAUGCUGCUAAUUGGCUCCGGAGUACGUUAGACCUCACAAUCUUAGGCUUUGACGUCGUGAUUCAGGAUGGCACAGGUGACCACAUCAUCGUGGAUGUAAACUACCUGCCUUCUUUCAAAGAAGUCCCUGACGAUAUAGCCAUGCCUGCAUUUUGGGAAGCAAUAAGGGAUAAGCUUGACCAGGCCAAAACUAUGGCUACCUAGUCCGCUUGUCUGCCAUAUGGACACUGAUUUAUGUACUCGGUCAUUUGGCUGCACAUCUAUACUAGUGUUGUGUUUCUUUCAAUGGCUCUUUUGGUCCAUUCCGCAACAAUGUGUAGUUCCAAAUCUGCAUGUGAAGCAUAGAGUAACCCCUUUCAACUUGAAAUGAUUAUAGCGAAAUUGUAACUUUUUUAUUUGACGAAAGCGA